CCAGCAUUACAAACUAAGUCACAGUUUAAUUUACGGGCUUGAUUAAUAACUUUGACCAACUAAAGUGAGUAUUCUUUAGGCCAGGAGCUGGAAGUGAUUCACUCUUCCUGACACCAGCCAAUAGCACCCAAUCAGCAGAAAUGUUUCCCAGACGACGAUCUCCCCUUUUAGGUGCUGCUGUGGUCUAUGGAGCAUCCAGGUCGGGAGCUCGAAGAGGAAUGCAAGUUGAAGCAGAACGUCAGGCAGCCAUGCAGGCUCGAGCCCAACAACAAGAAGCUGCAUACCAGGCCCAAAGGCAGCGGGAGGAUCAACAGAGGGCAGAAAGUGAGAGGCAGAGGGCAGAAAGUGAGAGGCAGAGGCAGGACAUGCUGAACAAAGAACGAGAACUAGCCCGCAAGGAAGCCGAGUUGCAGGUGAGGGAAAGGGCAGCAAACAGACCAGAUGACAGGUAUCUCGCUCCACCUCAAUAUGUAGGACCGGAUGCGCUGUUCUGUACAAAGUGCGGAAAUCAAUGCAGGGUCGGUGACAAGUUCUGUGGUGGUUGUGGACUCCAGUUGCCACCCCCAGGCCAGGCUUAGUGAGCAGAGAUGGAGUAGAGAUGGAACAGCAGACCAUUGAACAGAGUCCAUUCCUGAGGAAGACAUCUCAUCUACUGAGUUGACCCUGUGCCUUAUUGAUUUCAAGGAUUUGAACGAGGAGAGUGCGAUAUGUGUGCGAAAAGACCUCAUUUGAAAGCGGCGGGUGUUGGCUGAGUUGAAAUUGAAUCCAAGCAUAUUUUUCAACAGAUUUUCUCGAAAUCCUCCGUUAUUUCUGUAAUGAUCUACUUCCCUAACAUUAGCGGACCCAAAGACAUGGUAAUUGAGAGGGCCGAGCCGAGACUUUGACAAAGUAUCGUUUCACUAUUCAAAUAUCACACUUGCGCAGAUGUGAGAAAUCGUCACUAGGACUAGGAAGGCUG